AUGCCGCAGAACGAGUACAUCGAAGAGCACAUCAAGCGACAUGGUCGCCGGCUCGAUUACUUUGAGAAGAAGCGCAAGAAGGAGGCACGUGCGGUGCACAAGUCCUCGGCUGUCGCACAGCAGGCCUUUGGUCUGAAGGCCAAGCUCUUGCACGCUAAGCGCCACAAGGAGAAGGUGCAGCUCAAGAAGACGCUCAAGGCACACGACGAGCGCAACGUCAAGCAGGCCGACUCCGAGGCUGUACCCGAUGGCGCUCUGCCGACGUACCUGCUCGACCGUGAGGGGCAGAAGGACGCCAAAGCCCUGUCCAGCGCGCUCAAGCAGAAGAGGAAGGACAAGGCGGCGAAGUUUGCUGUGCCGUUGCCCAAAGUUCGGGGGAUCGCUGAGGACGAGAUGUUCAAGGUCAUGCGGACAGGAAAGCAGAAGCAGAAGAGCUGGAAGAGGAUGGUCACGAAGGCGACGUUUGUUGGGGAGGGCUUCACGAGGAAACCGGUGAAGAUGGAGCGGUUCGUGAGGCCGAUGGCGUUGCGCUACAAAAAGGCGAAUGUCACACAUCCGGACUUGAAGGCGACCUUCCAGCUCCAGAUUCUUGGCGUCAAGAAGAACCCGCAGAGCCCAAUGUACACCCAGCUUGGCGUCAUGACCAAGGGAACGGUCAUCGAGGUCAACGUUUCCGAGCUCGGUAUGGUCACCGCUGGCGGCAAGGUCGUCUUCGGCAAGUACGCCCAGGUCACGAACAACCCCGAAAACGAUGGCUGCAUUAACGCCGUCCUGCUUGUCUAG